AUGAUGUUUAAAUACUUAUUGUUGAUCGGGUUACUCACGUUGGGUUACGGUAAGUUUGAGGAGGGUUUUGUAACUAAAGUUUUUGGGCUUAAGGGCAGGUAGGUGUUUAUGGGAGGGGGGCUAGAGAUGGGAGAGUAGGGCAUCAGUGGUGAAGAUGGAAUAAGGUUGUUUUUUUAAAAGGUGGUUUUUAUGUAAAGAGGGAGGGGUGAAAGCCAAAGUCUAGUUUUUUGAAAAUUUUUCUAUCCCCCCCUCCUUCUUCCAGCUUAAAAAAUUUAAAAAAAGCAAAAAGUGAAAUAGGUUUCUUAAUAAAAAUUACGAAAAAGUUUUAAAAAUAUUUGAUCAAGCUUUACUUCAAAUUUUCAGUGAUCCAUUCCACUCCAUUGCCCCUUCUAAAUAUACCCCCUGAAGCUGAUGAUAGUACUGUAAGAUCAAAACGACAAGAUGAAGGCAAGAACAAAGAUGUAGAGACGCGUCAGGUAGAACAAUCUACUCCACAACCAGUCAAAAGACAAGUUUAUCAACAAACAACUCAAGGAAAAGAUAAGCGUCAAGUAGACCAAUCCACCUUAUCACCACAAGUCAAACGACAUGUAGAUGAACAGUCGAUUUCAUCUCCAUCCAAACGUGAAGUUGAAUCAUCUACCGUUCAGCUUUCUAAACGACAACUUCAAUCUUCUUCACUGCUACCAACUAACAGAGAAGUUGAUGAAGAAACCAAAGAAAAACGAAGUGCUAAAGAUACGACAGCUAAAAUCGACAAACGUAGCCCUGAAUCUACUACUGAAAGUCUUGAAAAGAGAGAAGAAGCUACUACAGAAGGUCUAGUUAAACGAGAAGAAGCUACAACGGCCGGUUUGGAAAAAAGAGACGCUGAAACUACUAUUGAUGAAAAAGAUAUCAGUACAGUGCCCACUGUAAAAGUUGAUAAACGUGAAGAUACUACGGCAUCAUUAAACAAGCAUCAAGUUGAAAAUACCACCCCCACUGUAAACAAGAGACAAGCUGUCCUUACUACCCCAUCAACUGUGAGCAAAAGAGCCGCUGAGGAGGAAGGAACUACCUUGAACGAAAAAGAUAUUAGUACUGUACCUACAGUAAAGGUAGACAAACGUCAAGAAAGUACUACGCCUUCUUCUGUCAAUAAGCGUCAAGUAGAGACAUCAACUCUCACUGUAAACAAACGGGAAGUUGAAGCAUCGACUGCUAGUAUUAACAAACGUCAAAAUGAAGUAACUACACCUACCGUACAAAAACGUCAAGUCGAAGUAUCAACUCCUGUAGUCGAUAAACGCGAAGCUUCUACGCCUUGUAGCAUCAAAAAGCGACAAACUGACAUACUAGAGCCUAAUACAAAAAAUAAAAGAGAAGUUGAAGAAACAACUCUUACAGUAAACAAGCGUCAAGUUGAAGAUACUACGGUUAAGGUGACGAAAAGACAAGCUGAAGAUACUACCCUUGCGGCACAAAAACGCCAAGCUGAAUCAACUAUCAGAGCAAGAAGGAUGGUAGAAGAUACUACUCCAGUUACCGUAGUCAAACGUGGUGGUGAUGGUUCAAGAGGUACUACGGGGGAAGACAAAGGAGUCAAGAAACGUGAAGCUUUUGAUGAAGAAAAGAAAGAAAAGAGAGAAGUAGACGAAGAAAAGAAGGAAAAGAGAGAAUUUGAUGAAGAAAAGAAAGAAAAACGUCAAGCAGAAUCCACAGUCAAGCCACUGGAGAAACGAAUGUCAGAAAACACGACUCCAAUUACUGUGGAGAAGAAAGAUGGUCCUGGUGGAAGAGGUAGUGUUGGGCAAGAUAAAGGUGUUAAGAAACGAGAAGACAAUGCUGAUAAUGAAGAGGAAGAAGGUGAAGAAGCAGAAGAAACAGAGAACGACGAAGAUGAGGAAGGCGUGUUUGGCAUGGGUUUUGGACGAAAAAAGAGGGAUAAUAAAGGUAGACAUUGAACUAAAAAUUGGUUUAGUAUUAGUACUUGUACUACAAGAUCGAAAAUUUUUUUUGGCAAAUUAUAAUCAUAAGUCAUUAAACUUUACAUAAAAAGCGAAGACUUGUAAUAUCGCAAGUUUUUAUCAAAAAAUUUUAAAAAAUGCCAUUUCAGAAAACACAAAACCCAAUGUGACAAAACGAGGUGAUGGUAAUGAAGACAAUGCCAAAGAACAAGAAAAUACAGAAACAAAAAGCCCAGCCGAACCUAUAAACGCGGUCACCAGCCAAGGUGUUGGAGCGCCUUAA